GCCGCGCCGUUGCAGCAGCAGAAUCCGCAGCCCCCACCCCCGCGCAUGGAUCGAGCCGGGCGGCGCGCCCGCACCCGCCACGGCGAGUCCCCGGCGGCGGCGCGAGCGGGAGCGCCGUCCUCCUCCCGCGCGCGCCGGCGCGGCGAGGGGCCGGUCGUGGUCAUCGACCUCGGCGACGACGACGACGGCGGCCGCGGCGGUGGCAGGGGCAGGGAGGCGGCGGGUGGCGCCGCGGGCAGGCGCGGGGGCUCGACGGCGGCUGCCUCGCCUCCGCGUUCGGCUACGCCGCCGCCGAUGAUGGUGCCGGCGGGGGCGGUGGCGAUGCGGACGCGAUCGCGGAGGCGGGCGAUGGAGGCUGCGGUGGCGGCGCCGGAGGAGCCCAGGGCGAGGAGGAGGAGGAAGGGAGCAAGCUCGGAUGUCGCGGAGGCGUCCGGUGGCCGGGGCAGCAAGGCUGCCGGGGCCUCGAGGUCGACGCCGAGGGAUAAGCGGCGCGGGCGCGACCGCUCGCGGCGAGCGUCGGAGCCAGCGAGAACGGCCCGCGCGCGGAAGCGCAGGGGCAAGGAGUCGGAGGCGGAAACAGAGGUGGAGGCGCCAGCCCGUGGAGAAUGGGUCGAGGUGUCACGUGGCAAUGAAAGUGAUGACGACGGCGGGCGACGCGAUGACGCUUCUGAUGGCGGGAAUGGGGAGGCUCGCAUUGGAAGCGCCAAUGCUAAAAAGGGCAACAGGGGUCGUCGCAGAGCCACCGGUGGGCACGAGAUUUUGGAGCCUUGCGUAGCCCGGGAGGUCACUGCUUUGGAUUUGAAUCAUCGCACGGACGAGGUGGUCUCGGGAGAUGCAGAGGAAGUGGAAGGUGCUGCUGAUGAGGGAGGUGGGCGAGGUGAUGGCUGUAUUGUCCACGAGAACACGAGAGAUUCUGGGACCAGAGAGCAGGCACCGAUUGUGAAUGUGGUGGCUGAGGAGAUGGCAACCUUUGAAGGUGACUAUGAUGACGAGAUGUUGGAGGAGCAGCUUGUUGGAGAUGUAAUCCGUGCUUACAGCAACGGUGGAGACUUGGAUGCAGAUGGAGUGGACUGGGAGGCAGAGGAUGAUACGGAGUUUGAUGAUGAGGAGCAGCUUGUUGGAGAUGUAAUCCGUGCUUAUGGCAAUGGUGGAGACUUGGAUGCAGAUGGAGUGGAUUGGGACGCAGAGGAUGAGAUGGAGUUUGAUGCUGAGGAGCAGCUUGUUGGAGAUGUUAUCCGUGCUUACGGCAAUGGUGGAGACUUGAAUGCAGAUGGAGUGGAUUGGGAGGCAGAGGAUGAGAUGGAGUUCGAUGAUGAUGGUGAUUUUAUGGAUGAUGCUGAUGAAGGUGGCAUGACAGAACCAAUGCAAGACUUGGUGAACCGUAAUGUUGUUUUGAGUGGAGGGAGGUGUCAGGAUGCAGAGGAGGCAGAGGCAGAGGCAGAGGAGAAGCAAGCAGGUAUCAAGGAUGAGGUGGAACCAAAGGGUGAAGCAGCUCCAGGCUCUAGUCAACAGGGCUUGCAUGUAGAAAUUCUAGAGUCUGAUGAGGAAGAAGUCAAGGUGCUUGAAAAUGUGAGUAGUGCCCCCUCCAGGAAGGCAUCAGUGCAAGCCAAGUUACCAACAAUUCCAUCUUGUGUUGCAUGGAGAACUCGAUCUUCAUGGGGGAUGAUUCAAGAUAGGCUAUCAUACAAUACAUAUUUUGAGGCAUUGUCUGAUGAGCCAAAAGAGGAGGAUGACACAGAAGUUGAACUUGAUGAAGAGGACAACAAUGAUGAUGACAGUAGUGAAACUUUUGAUGAAGAUGAAGAAAAGGACGAGGAAGAAAAGGAAGAGGAAGAGGAAGAGGCUGAGAGGAGAAAACUCAAGAACAGGAUUUAUACAUCCGAUGAUGACAUGAUCGAUAGUACUGUUCCUACCUCAAGAUAUGAGGAUACUACUGUUCCUACCUCAAGAUAUGAGGAUACUACUGUUCCUACCUCAAGAUAUGAGGAUACUACUGUUCAUACCUCAAGAUAUGAUAUUAAGUGGGAGGAGGAUGAAGAUGCAAGUGUUGAUAUUUCUCAGCCAAUCUCCUUUAAGAAAGCUACCAGAUGGAACCCUGUGGCUGUGGGCAAUGACACAUUUACCGAGCAACAAAAGCAAUCACGAUUUACUUGGGAGCUUGAGAGGAGGAAAAAGGUUAAACUUGGGAUGAAGACACAUCCUUUGUAUGGGCGGGAUUUGGACUCAGAUUCAAGUUCGUCGGGUCCUGACCAGAUCAAAAGGUAUGAAUUCAAGGAUGGUGAUCAUAAAGUUGGGAGGAAAAAGAAGCAUUCAUCGUCCAAAUCAGGCAAGAAAUCUGGCCAUGCAACCAUUCUGAAGAGACAGUCUCUUCUGAAGCUUUUGAUAGAUAAAAUGAGCGGUGAUAGAAAUGAAGAACCUUUCCCAUUUGAUCAGAAUCCUCAGCUCCAGUUUACUUUCAAGGAAAUGCAUCCGUUGGUAUUCUCAUUUGGAGAUGAAGAUUUGGUACCAGCUGACAAACCAGAGCAAGAUGGUGCAUUGGAUAUGUUGUGGGCUGACUUUGACUUUGCUUUAGAGUCGGAGAAUAUUGGCACUUAUUAUGAUGAUGAGGGUCAAGAAGAGGGCAAUCAACUAGAUUUUGCUCUUGCCCCAGUAACACCUUGUUCUCGAGGGAAGCAUGAAUUUAUCAUUGAUGAUCAAAUUGGAAUCAGAUGCAAAUAUUGUUCCUUAGUAAAUCUGGAAAUCAAAUUCAUGUUCCCAUCAUUGGUCUCAGGUUUUGCCGAAAAAUCUGCAUGGCCAAAUGCCAAAGGUGUGAAGAAUGCAUUGAUGUUUCACGACCUUUAUGAAGAAGCAGACAGUGGCACCGAGCACUCUCAAGAUUUCCAUCUAUAUGGAACAGUGUGGGAUCUGAUUCCAGGGGUCAUUAGUACUAUGUAUGAGCAUCAGCAUGAAGCAUUUGAAUUUAUGUGGACGAAUCUAGUUGGUGAUAUUAGGCUUGAUGAGCUGAAGCAUGGAGCAAGGCCUGAUAUUGUUGGAGGAUGUGUGAUCUGUCAUGCUCCAGGGACAGGGAAGACACGAUUAGCAAUUGUAUUUAUCCAGACAUAUAUGAAAGUGUUUCCAGACUGCCGACCAGUGAUUAUUGCACCUCGUGGGAUGCUUUUUGCUUGGGAUGAGGAAUUUAAGAAAUGGAAUAUUGAUGCUCCUUUUCAUAUAAUGAAUACAGCUGAUUACACUGGAAAAGAGGACCGAGACAUAUGUAAGUUAAUAAAGAAAAAACAUCGGACAGAAAAGUUGACAAGACUUGUGAAACUGCUUUCAUGGAACAAGGGGCAUGGUAUUCUUGGAAUAAGUUAUGGCCUUUAUACAAAAUUAACGUCUGAAAAACCUGGUUGCACGGAAGAAAACAGAGUAAGAAGCAUUCUUCUUGAAAAUCCUGGCUUGCUUGUUCUUGAUGAAGGACACACACCUAGGAAUGAUCGAAGUGUCAUGUGGAAGACACUAGGAAAUGUUAAAACAGAGAAACGUAUAAUUCUAUCUGGAACUCCUUUUCAGAACAAUUUUCUUGAGCUUUACAACAUUCUUUGUUUGGUAAGGCCUAGAUUUGGUGAAAUGUUUCUGACUAAAGCAAGAGUGGGUCGAAGGUACUGUGUCUCAAAGAAGCAAAAAGAUAAGUUUUCUGAUAAAUAUGAAAAAGGAGUUUGGGCUUCACUAACUAGCAAUGUAACUGAUGACAAUGCCGAGAAAGUAAGAUCAAUAUUGAAACCGUUUGUUCAUAUUCAUAAUGGUAACAUUCUUCGAACUCUUCCAGGCCUCAGAGAGAGCGUGAUUAUUCUGAAACCACUUCCCCUUCAAAAGAGUAUUAUUAGAAAGGUGGAAAACAUUGGUUCUGGCAAUAACUUUGAGCAUGAAUAUGUCAUUUCUUUAGCUUCUACACACCCUUCCCUUGUAACAGCCAUUAACAUGUCUGAGGAAGAAGCUUCACUUAUUGAUAAACCUAUGCUUCAAAGAUUGAGGUCAAAUCCCUAUGAAGGGGUUAAAACCAGAUUUGUAAUCGAAGUUGUUCGUUUGUGCGAGGCACUAAAAGAGAAGGUUUUGAUUUUUAGCCAAUUUAUUCAGCCACUAGAACUGAUAAAAGAGCAACUUCGCAAGUUCUUUAAGUGGAGAGAAGGGAAGGAAAUUCUUCAAAUGGAUGGAAAGAUCCUUCCGAGAUAUCGCCAGGCUUCGAUUGAAGCCUUUAAUAAUCCAAAUAAUGACUCCAGGGUGUUACUUGCAUCCACAAAAGCUUGCUGUGAAGGGAUUAGCUUGACAGGAGCUUCAAGAGUUGUGCUUCUAGAUGUUGUUUGGAACCCAGCUGUUGGAAGGCAAGCCAUCAGCAGAGCAUUUAGGAUAGGCCAGAAGAAAUUUGUAUAUACAUACAAUUUGAUAACUUAUGGAACAGGUGAAGGUGACAAAUAUGACAGGCAAGCGGAAAAGGAUCACUUGUCCAAGUUGGUCUUCUCUACAGAAGACGAGUUCAAUAAUGUUAGGAACAUGCUAUCUAAAGCUGAAAUGGAGCACUGUUCUAAGUUGAUUUCAGAAGAUAAGGUUUUGGAGGAGAUGACUUCUCACGACCAACUUAAAGGAAUGUUUUUGAAGAUUCAUUAUCCCCCAACCGAGUCAAACCUUAUCUAUACUUACAAUCAGAUUGCUCCUGCGUAAAUUUGUGGCAUUCUUCAUCAUCAAAUUGAUUUAUUCUAAGGCUAGACAUGCACUGAAGAACACCAACAGGUUUCAUCGUGUUUAUUUCCAUUCCACGAUGCAUCUACAAUUGUAAGUUGUAACCCAUCGUGCAGCUUGGAGAGGACUCAAAGUAGAACUUAAUAAUUGGUAGCAGAGCCUCAAUGUAUUUGGUGGUGUGCACAAGGUUGCAGGUUUACCAAUAUGGUGUUUCCAUCCAAAUGUGAUGUAUAAUAAUCCAGUUGGAUCAUUUGAGGUGGUCCAACUUUAUUUGAAUAAAAGAUUUUCUCAAUUAAAAUAAACAGACUCCGCCUCAAUUGGCGGUUUGGGUGGUCCAAUUCAUUUUGUGCUGACUCCGCCUCAAUUGGCGGUUUGGGUGGUCCAAUUCAUUUUGUGCUACUGCCCAUGCCACUAUGUAACUGCCAACCGUGCUUACAUGAGUACAAGUAUAACCAAGCUUUGUGUUCGUU